UGAAGAGAGGAUGCGAUUAUUUACGUCCUCUCUCCGCAACCUAUCUCAAUGAAUCGUUAAACAUGUGCGGUUUUUAUUUAAUUGCGUUAUUAUUAAUGGUUUUGAGCAAAGUUUCGUGCCAUUACGAUGAUUAUUCAAAUGGAUAUUAUUAUGAAAAAGCUCUACCACAAGACGUAAUGGUUGAUGUUAUUAAUAAUUUUGGAGUAGCCCUCUUAGAAGCACACAACGAAAAUAAUAACAACAACAUCGCUUUGUCUCCUUAUGGAGCCACAAGUGUUCUUAUUGCCCUUGGUGAAGGUCUUCGAGGAUAUGCUGUACAAGAAAUUCAAGAAGCAGCCCGCAUUCCUCAAGAUGUAUCGGUUAUUCGUGUAGGAUUGCGUGACAUCCACCGACAUUUAAAGAGUUAUUUCAUUCCAAAAGAAGGUUUUCUCGCUGGAUUAACAUUAAACAACGAAAAGGUCCAAUUAAAUGACGAAUAUAAAGAGAUCCUUAGAUUUUACGGUUUCGAUUUGGAUUCAUUCAACAUUCCUUUGUACCCAGACGUUUUUGAAACGACCACUGAAAUGAGGAUGAACGUUACCGAAACUAGUACAAGCACAAUGAAUAGUGAUCCUCCUAUUUCAACCACGACAGAGAAAAGUGGGACAACGCAAGUUAUUGAACCAUCCACGGAGAGUGUACCUGAAACUACCGAAACUUCUUUGGUAACUGAAAAAGUUAAUUCGGUAACGGAAAUUGUAACCGAAACAACGUCUUCAGUUCCAACUGAAAAAACGACUCGAAUUCAAACGAGAAGUACCGAUUCUGUGUUGAAAUCGACGGAAAUGAUCACUUCAACUUUGAUUCCUCAAACAACGGCGGAUUUAAAAAGUACUGAAAUGAUUAAUUUGGUUGAACAAACUACAUCAAAUCCAAAAACUUCAACCAUCCCUGCUUUAACAACAGAAUUAUUAACAUCUUCAAUUCCUACAACAACUGAAUUUAAAAUCGAUGAAAAUGUGGAUGAAUCAAAACUUUUAACUUCUCCUUCAAUUAUUAAUGAUGAAGUAACUUUUACUACAUCAAAUCCAAGUUCUACCGAAUUAAUUACAAGUACAGAAUUAAUUAGUACUUCAAUUAAUUCAAUAACUGAAUCAGAAAUAACCUCAAAAAUUGAAACUACAACCGUUCAAAUUUCAACGGAAGCUUUAAAUGUGGUAACAACUACAGAAAAAUCUGUUGAUUUAGAUGAAAAUGAAGAUAAUGAUUCAAAUGAAGAUAAUGAGGAUAAUGAUUUAAAUGAAGAUAAUAAUGUAACUGAAGAUAAUGAUAUAAACGAAGAUGAAAACGUUACAACUGAAAUAGCUUCUGAGAGUGAAAUUAAAAAACGUAACUCAAGAUCGAUUGUUGAUUACAUAAUAGCAAGACAUUAUGAUAAUAAAUACAAACCUAGCCAUUUUAACAACAAUAAUCUUUACGUUCCGGAUGAAAACCCAACGUUUUUAAUUUACGGCACAAUAAGAGAGCCGAAUAUAAACUUUAUGAAAUAUGACGCAGUUUUACCAGUAGCUUUUCUGCCAUUAUUAAAUUCGAUAGCUUUAAGCUUUCCUUUAGAUAGUAAAGAAUACUAUCUCUUAUUAAUUUUACCCGUCGAUGAAACUGGAAUCGAUAAAUUAAUCCAUAACUUAGCUCACACGAUGAAUUUAAGAGAUAUCAUAAUGUCGUUGAGAUACUCUCAUGUUAAAGCUAUAAUCCCAAGUUUUAUGUUAAAGGGAUAUGUUGUUUUAACUCCUUCUUUACAAAAGUUGGGGAUUCAAAGGAUUUUUGAACCAAGAAGAACCGAUUUUAGUUUAAUGACCAACGAAAAAGAUGUUUAUGUCACAAAUAUUGAACAAGCUGUUACUGUUACAAUUAGGAAUUAUGUCAACGCCGAUAAUUUACCGAAUUAUCGAAAUUUGCAAAGCGUUCGGCCGGUACUGUUUCAAGCUGACCAUCCGUUUUUGUAUUUCGUCAUGGACGCCGAAAUUCAUGUCGCUUUAAUGGCUGGAAAAAUUGUUAAUCCACUCAACUCAAGAAUAAGAUAAUGUUUAUUGUCAUGUUUUCUAAUUUUUAAUAAAAAAAAAUUAUUUAA